AUGAAUCCUUUCAUAUUAUGCAGAAAACUUAAAUUCACUUUGGAACAUAACUCUUCUGGAUUACCAAUAUAUCUAGACAGCAGUACGGGUGUACUACGUGUAAGUCAAUCAUUAUGGCAAAAACAAAAAGAUAAAACACUAUUACUAAAUGUCACUGUAAAAAGUAUUGAUCAUGAUAAGUUUUCAGACAGUGCAUUGGUUAUUAUCUCAUGGAAAGAUGAAUACGUAAACGGAAACCAUAACAACAAAACUGGUUAUGAUAGACGAGAUCGCGUCCCUGAAGAGGAUGAGAAACAAAUGUCAAAAUUAAAGAUAGUUACACGUUCACUUAUCGGAUCACAAUCUAUUGAACUUGAAUUAACCCGAGAGGACAUCAAACCUACAGAGAAUGUUUGUCAUGGUCAAGCAUGGUCAAUUACUGCGAAGAUUAUAUUCCCGCCUGGUAACCACAAUGUUCAUAUUGAAUUAUUAGCACCAAGAUACGUUAAUGAUGUUUGUGGCUACGUCAAAUAUUUUGGGGUUUCAUUUAUUGGUCACCAUAUAAAAAUAGGUAAAAUCAAUUUAACUAAACUAAAUCAUCUUGGAACUACUCCUGAUGAUUCGGAGCAACUUCAACAAAUCAUAUUGGAAUUUGAAAGCGUAGAAGUGGAAAAAGCAAUAAGUUCAAUACCCGAUCCAUUUAGUGUAUAUCUGAAAUUUGCUGUGAUAAUGUUGGAAACUGUUAGUUUGCCUGUGGACGCAAAACUAAAAGCCGGUAUUCUUUUGGGAACGAAGGACUUAAUAUUUAUUGGUUCGCUCAGAAUGAUAUAUUCGAAGACAUGUCCAACACUUCCAAUUGAACUCAAUAUUUCCUCGUACCCAAAGAAGAUGGUACCAACCGACAUCACUGUUGUGACUGCGGAUGUAUUUUUACCAAUCCUAAAUGAAAACUACACUUUUUCAGUUUAUUCAGUAGGUCAAUCGGCAACAAUCGCUUCAUUGAAUUUAGAAAAAGGUGAGGGAUUCAAUAAAUAUGAGGCUAAAUCUAUGAUGAAAAGUACUCAAGAAGAAGUACUGAGUGAUUCAAUUAUCACUAAAAGAAUUGAUAUAUUUGUCAAAGAACUGCGUAAUACCUACGGACUUCUUUACCAUGCUUCAAGAGAAAGCAAGACUGUUAAGUUGGUUGUUUAUAUACAAAUAUUGAAUAAACCGUCAACUAGAGUGAUAAUUGGUUUUCGUAUUCACGCUUCUAACAGAAAAGUUAUCUAUAAAGAAUGUAAUAUACCCAUUGUUGCAAAUUCUAAUGACAAGGGGAAGUUUCAGGCUUCAUACAUUGUAAACAAUCAUUCAGCUGAAGUUGAAACAGAAAAAGUUGGUGAAAUUAACUUUAAAAUCAGUUUUCCAUCCAAUUCAAUGCAAACAUAUUCACUAAAACUAAAAUUUAAUAAGUUUAUACUUGGGGAAAUAUGCUAUGCAACUAUUACAGAUAUUGGCACUGGAAUUAGGCAAAGGAUUAUUGGUAUGAGGCUGCACACAAGUUAUUCAACGCAUGGAAUAAAUAAAUUAAGAUCUGAAGCCACAGUUUAUCUGGGAUUAGUGGAAAACCCAACAGAUGACACAACUAAACACUACAUUACCUUAAAUGUAAAAAUAAAGCCCCAUCAAGAGAAGAGUUUUCCUAAUGUAUUCACUACACAACUAAUAACUGAUUUUAUUUUAAGUUCAGGUCAAAAAGAAACCUCAUCAUUGUCUUUUAAAGUUACUAAUUCUAAGCCACAAGUUAUUCCAUCCCAUAAAAGGCCUAUAGCUGUCCUAACUGUUCUCAAUCCAACAACAAAUGUUCGUACAGAAAACUAUUAUACAACAGUGUUUGCCGUUAUUACUUGGUCUGUGAUGAUUUUAUACAGUCCAGUAAGCAUAAUUCUUCAAAUAUCUUCUCAUGAAUCGGAGCUAAUCGAACAGCAAUUUUGUUCAAUAGGUAAAGCUUUAGAAACAGUUGUCCCAAUUAAUGCUGAAAAAUCAAUUAAAAAUAAUGUUGGACGUAUUGAGCUACCUUCAGUUUAUAUACAAUCAUUUGGUAAUUAUACUAACGAAGAACGAUCAAUGACAAUAAAAUAUGUAAUACAAAUCAAUGAAAUUAAGGAUAUUAUACUAAGUCUUGAUAUUCUAUUUAGUGGAGAAAAGAUAUCAAAAGAGAUCACAUUAGCACGUAAAACUGAUACACCUCAAUCUGCACUUUCUUUAAAUGAACAACCAUCUGGACUACUGCAAAGUCUUCUAAUUAGUCGUGCAGAUAAUUAUCUUCAUCCAGAUUCAUUCAGCAUUAUUAUGGCAAGUGUAGUCAUUUCUCCAAGUGCUAGACAACAAUGCUCUAUGAAAAUUGAAACAUCUAAAGUUCAGAGUGAAGUCAAUUUUAUUGAUCCUAAAAUUUUGGAUACUGGUUUGGCAAUAACAUCUCAUAAAUUUCAAUUUAAUGUAUCAAACAGCAUAGUAUAUAUAGGGAUUGGUAAUCAACAAUUCGAAGAUAAUCAACAAGCAAAUGGUGCGGUUACCAAAAACGAACCAACAUCUAUUAACAUUAUGAUUCCGUUAAACAUUACUUCCACCGUUUCUAAUUCCAUCGAUCUGAAGCUUGUUUUAUUUGGUGAAAAGCAAAAUUAUGAAUUCCCAUUUAUGUUUAAUAUUGGUCCUUUGCAGACUAUUCCACCUACUGCUCUCUUAUCAAUAACAUAUGAAAUUGACGCCAUAAACAUUGAUGAACAACCGGAUCGUACCGAUACGCCUCUUACUCCUGGUGAAAUUGGACGAAUUUACAAUCGAAUUUCUUUAAAUUUACCGAAAUGUGAAGAAUAUCAAAUAUCAUUUUCUACCUUACCUAACUCUCCAUGGCCAGUUGAUAUAAUUGAUAUCCUUAUUUUGGAUGUUAGUAAUUACAUUUGGAUUUCCGAUUUGUCAGAUUAUCAAGUUAUUAAAUAUAGUAGACCUGGUUCACUUACAACUGAUUUGGCUUCAGUCAAACUAAUGAUAUGUGCUCCUGCUGGGUUCGGAAAUGAGGUACGGGUUGAUGUAUUUAUUCGCCCAUGGAUUCGAAACAAUAAUGAGAAAUUAAAAAGUCAGCAAAGUGUUACAAUCAUUGGAAAUGUAAAAAUUAGCAGGAUUAGCUCUGAAUUUAAUCUCACUUCAUGUAUAUUUAACGUUUCUUCGGAGAAAAGUAUGAAGCAAUACAUCCCUGAAAAUAAUAAUAUACCUUUAAAUGCUAAACAGAUACUUAUCGUAUCGGCUAAUACAACGGACAACUUAUCUCGAGGAGUAGGUGAAACCACUAAAUUCACAUUCUUUAUUCAAAUCCCAGAAAAUUCUAAAUUGCCAAGCUGUUCAGUUGUAUUUAGGUCCGGCUAUAGCAAUAUAAAUAAUGAGUCAGAAUUGACUAUUUUGAAUGUAGAUAUAGAAUAUGGAAAUGUUUUUCGAAACUCACAACGAGAGAAAUUUAGAGUUGAAUACACAUCCAAGUAUCUUAAUGGACAGAAUGAUACAGCAUCAGUUGAUUUCGGCAAUCUGGUCAACCCAAGCAAUUUCAAUGAACACUCUAAAAGUAUCAUAAGAAUUAAUGUCAUUGCUCGUGUGUCCGAUAGCAGAGUGGUAAACAGUGGAUCAAAAACAAAGUUAGGAAUGACAGCAAAAUUCGGAAGCUUGUCAGGAACUACAGAAGUUUUUCAAGUAAUCAAAAGAAAUGGAAAUGAACGAGCAAUCAUUUCUAUGAAUUUACAGGAGAUACAUGAAAUUGGAAAAGAUAAACAAUUUUAUGGUGAAGGGGAUAUACUUAUAUUAAAUCUAGAAAUGAAAAUGGAACGAAACUCCUCUCUUGAAUGUUCCAGGCAUACACUGAAUGUUUAUCCUGGAGUGAGUGUGAAAAAUGUAGACGUUUCACCGCUUCAGCCAAAUCUAUCAUUCAUGUACUACAAAGUGCCAAAUACCAAACAGUCUGGCCCACUUGUAUUUAAAGGAAAUUCCUUUCGCUUUGAUAAUGCAAUCUCGGUCAAAAUCUAUGUCUACUUCAAAGACCAAAUAUUUUUACCAUCACAAAAAAAUACGGCAAAAUAUACUGUCGUCGCAGAGCUUGUUUGUAUUUCCACAAACAGACCUCAACAAGUUAGCCCAUACAUCAGUAGAUUUAUGAGUAAAAGAACCCUUACACUUGCUAGCACAAAUUUCAUCAAUAUUACAAGGAAAAAAUGUGGUAAUGUUGUAAAACUUACAGAAAAGCAAAAUAUUCAUAAUUGUUCAGUUAAUUCAUUGUCUACAUUGAGCAUACAUGACACUGUAGGAGGAUCACAAUCAAAUUCUCUUAUUUCACAUCAACCUAUAACCAUUCUCUUCGAUCAAUUAGUAUAUGUUAGUCAAAUUAAUCCUAUUUCACUAGAUUCAAAUAAUAAAAUAAAAAUAUUAAAUGUUUCAACAACUGCCGAUGGAAUAUUAUUUAAACACAUUGUGACGAUGAAGGAGAGUAUAAAACAACCGUAUAUGGAAAAUAUAUACUUUAAUCCUCUACUUUCUACAAGAGGAUUACAUUUUAUCACUAUUGACGCUCAAGAUAAUACGCGAAAUGCCAACUUUUCAGUUGAAGUUUAUGGUUGUAGUGCUAUUUGGGAUCCUCUAAAGUUCGAUCCUUGUUCAAAAAAAUUUGUUGAAAAAAACAAUGAAAACAAACCCUUAAAAACUAUAUUAAUGACUAAAGAAUUUAUCUUCUAUUGUGAAGUAUCACCGCUGAAAAUCAGAAACAUUACGAAUGAAAAGCAUUGUUUUAUGAUUACAGGAUCAUUUCCAAUUACUCUAACAGACAUGGGACAUGAAAUAAACGAAAUUAUAAUGUUACUAAAACCAAGUAAUGUUAUCGUGGGAAGAAACAGUCGUAACAAUAGUACACUUAUAAGUGAGAAUAUGGGAAAGUCAUGGAUAGUUACAAAUCAAUGGAAAUUGAAGAAUAUGUUGUCACAAUCAUCUGAGAUUAUUAAUUCUUAUGAAACUCCGUGGUUCAAUAUUCAAAAUAAAUCCUGUGAUGACGUUACUAUCAGUCUAUGCAAUCCAGGUGGUGAUCCAUGGAAAUUUUGUUACAGCGGUAUAUCAUGGGGCAAUCGACUGAUCACAAAUUGGAAUGAUCGCCAUAUAACUUAA